CCGAGCUUUCGCCGAAACAAAAAACCACCCCACGCUGCUGCACUUGUCCGAGGAAACAACAGCUGCUGGGCUGGAAGCCUGGAAUAUCAUGUGAGGAGCUUCCACCUCAACAUGGGGCAAUUGUUUGUAAUUCUGGCGGGAGGUUUAGCCCUAUUGGGCCAUACCGCCCUUUGCUCAGAAAUAGCCCCAUUGGGAUAUAUCCCACCCGAAUUGAAGCGAUUGUUUAGCCCAGAAGAAUUGGACGACCAUGAGCACCCUGGACUCGUGGACAGACAAAGACGGGCUUCCGGUCAAGAAACGGCGCCUCAAGAGUAUACUUACACUCUGUACUCUUUGGGCGGAGCUCCGUGCAUCUUGGUUCAAACCGAAUGCAUUUUCCAGCUGGAUUAUCGAACCCUGAGGUACGGGGUCCAAACUGUUACCGUGCAACUGCCCAAAGAGCCGGAAAUAUCCGGUUCUUGCGUCCGAGAGGGAGAUACGGCAGUCCUUACCAUGCACUGGAGCGUUUUCAACUUCUCCAUGAUUUUCACGGAAAAUCCCGAAGGCAAUUCGUAUUACUUGAAUAGAGCAAUUCUCAAAUAUAACCAGUCGCUCGACAUCUUCCGAGACGCUACAUAUCGCGGUCCAGUUAUUCUGGAGACUCCCAAGACUUGGAACUAUUAUUUCACACCGUUAGGUAAAUCGUAUGUUUGCCAACAUGGGGAAGAUCAAGGGCCUCUGGAUCUGUACAAUGUUGACGAGGAUCUAAUCGGGAACAUGACCUUGUGGAAUUCUAAAUUUCAACCCUUUGUUCGCCGUGCCAAAGGCGAUUGGGGUCCGGAGAGCCACUGUCUGCCCAAAUCUAUUCAAGUCAUGAGAGAAGAUGUGGCUCCAUUCGUGACAGCUGGAAUCUUCUUCACCACGGUAUUCCUCUUGUUGGCGGGAUAUGCCCUCUACCGUAAGUUCAACGUCAAGAAAACCACCUACGAAGUGUAUGGCGAGGCAACCACCAUCCCCACCGAGGAAACCCUUGAGAUGAAAGGUACCAAUGGCACUCGAAUGACACCUGCUGAAGAUGAUGCUGGCCACUCGCGACAAACGUACGUGCAGCAAAGCGCUCCCUCUCAAAAGCCCGUUACUCAGACUCAAAACGCGGCCAAUCCGUUUACAAACAAAGGUCAAACGAACCCUUUCCAGGCUUCUGCCAUUUAAAGCUUGAAAGCUCAUACGCAAUCUUCCCUCAUAUCAGAUAUCAAACGUCUUCCCGUAAAGCAUGGCUACGAUAUGACUAUCUAGUGACCAAUCAAUCCAUAGUGAUGGGAAACUAGAGGUUGUGUUCGUCGUUCACCAAUAUUUGUGAUUUUUGUUGUAACCAGUCUUCCAAUGGUAAAUGUCAACCGUAACUCAUGUCUUCCAAGCAAACCUUUUUAAAGACCAGAGACUGGUCGAACUAGUUUUAAGACAAUGUGCGUACAUGUGCAAUACUGCUACUACGUUCAUGAUCCAAUCGCUACAAUUACUCAUAAAUUGGCACAUCCAUGACUUCGGUUAAUAAUUGUUAUAGGUAGUUGUUCCUGCAUUACUUCAAUGAAGCUAUCAAAAAUUCGACAAGUGGAAAUAAAUGAAUCUGGAAUUUGAA